UCUGUCCUAUAUCUAUCAUCCCUCAAUUUAAAGCUAUGUCUCCUCGUGCUAGCUGUCGUGGAAAUUAAAUGGACUUGACUCAACUAUUAGCAAGGGCAAAGAAAAUGAGUUUUAUUAUAUUUGUCUAACCUCUGUAUUACAGAGGGGCACAACACAGCUAGCAAAGGCCCUGAGCAUAAUUCAAAUGCUUGACUUAUAGUGUUUCUUAUCACAUUAUCAAGGACAAAGACUAUGUACACUUGAGUUGUUAUUCGUUUUCAUUCCUUUUGUUAUGUGGACACACUGUCCCUCGUAUCCCGUGCCCUUUGCUGAAUUUUGACUGCUCACAAGGCCAGGUUGAAUGUUUACUAAAUUCCACAGAAACAGAAACAAGCUGUCUCCUUGACUGCAGAACUCAGCAAAAGUACUCUGUGAUCAAAUUUAGGAAGCAUUUCUCUUUUUACAAAUUUCACAGUAAAUGGAUUUCAGAUUUCACAGUAACUGUUAAAUUUCCAUUACAUUUUUCCCCUUUCUGUCAUUUUAUGACAACAAGGACGACAAAAAAUAGAGCUAGAUUAAAAAAUCUACAGAGCCAGAUAAUUAAAAAAUCAGCGAUCUUAACAGCUGACUGUGUUGUAAGGAGCAUUUGAAUGGUUCCAGCCACUUCUUCGCGUUCCAGUUUUUACCUCCUGAAGUCUUUCACCACUAUCUAGUCUCCAGGUUUUAGAUCAUGCAGCUUCCCUUCUGCUGGUUGGGGUAGUGCUGCUUUCACUUGAUUCUGUAUUUCUGACAAAAGUGUAGAGAGUUUCAUACUGUAACACAACAUCUCAUCCUCACAGUGGCCUGUUAUCUGUCUUGGGCCAAUUCCUGUAUUUGGCAACCUAUAAAACAAAAUCUCAGACAGGCUAAGAUUAGCUUUUCCUCUCCUACUUGAUCUCAUAUACAUUAGCACAAUCGGAAAUGCCUUUGUCUAUGUCACCCCUAGUUCCUCACAACAUUUUGUCAAUUUAUUUUUUAAGGUAGCAUUUUCUCUUUCCACUGCCCCAAUGCUUGCUGGGUGGUAGGCACAGUGUUGUCUCAUGUUUAUUCCCAAAUAAUCACUGACCUGCUGUAGGGCACUAUUUGACAAAUGGUGUCUCAUUGUCACUACUUAGCCUCUCAGGGAUGCCCCUAAAAAAAGGCAACUGGGGUACCUUCCACAUAUAACAUAGAGGUAGGCAUUGACUAAAACGCAUCAUCAUUGUACUCGCUCUGCAAUCUCAGUGCUCAAUAUGGGGGUGGGACUUGUUUCAGUGCCUGUAAGGUGAGUAGAAGAGAUUAGCAUAAACGAGUCUUCGUUGCCAAGCAUAAGGGAAAGAGGCUUACCAUACCUUGUUGGCUGCCUACCUCCCCCUCAGCCUUCCCCUGUCAGUCACCCUGCUGUCCAGCCUCCAGGGUCAAUGGGACUGUCUGUGCGGGCACUGUCUCGCCCAGCGGUCUAUUGCUCCGCAAACAAAGCACCCGUCAGAUCUACCUCUGCCAGCCUCUUCUGCGACCUCUUUUCCUGCAGCACCUUCCUCCAACGGCUGGGUGACCAUCGUUUUGGCUAUUUCAUCCUUCAUUCCAUUGAUGAAGCUGUUCCUCAGGUGUGCCUCAUACGGUGUGAUUUCUGCUGCCUUUAUGUCUUCAGGUGGUCUCAGUCCACUAUGGACAUUAUGGGUUUCAGUGAGGCGCGUAAGGUACUGGGACACAGUCUCACCUUCUCGUUGUUUACACAUUGCUAUUUUGAUCAUGUCCAUUCACACUGGGAAUGCCUCCCUAUGGGCGGUCGCCAGCGCGGCAACAAAAGCAUUAACGCCUCCGUUCUCUUCUGCUUGCAGGUUAGCUGCUCUGACAUGGACGUUUACGGCUGGCCAGUUACACUUCUCUUGGCCUCCUUGCUUCGAUCUGUUGCAGAUUCCCAGUCCUGUCACGCAAAAGGGCCAUUUCAGCGCUGGAGAUUAAGUGAAAGACCUUCAAGAGGCUGGCGCCUGCACCUCCUGGGUAUCCUCAGAAUCCCACCCAGUCACAGGGUCCUGGAACAAGCCCCCAGGUUUACUGUCGUGGAAAUUAAAUGGACUCCACUCAACUAUUAGCAAGAGCAAAGAAUUAUACUAGUCUAACCUCUGUAUCACAGAGGGGCACAACACAGCUAGCAAAGACCGGAGCAUAAUUCAAAUGCUUGACUUAUAGUGUUUCUUAUCACAUUAUCAAGGACAAAGACUAUGUACACUUGAGUUGUUAUUCGUUUUCAUUCCUUUUGUUAUGUGGACACACUGUCCCUCGUAUCCCGUGCCCUUUGCUGAAUUUUGACUGCUCACAAGGCCAGGUUGAAUGUUUACUAAAUUCCACAGAAACAGAAACAAGCUGUCUCCUUGACUGCAGAACUCAGCAAAAGCAUUCUGUGAACUUGAGCACAGUAUCAAAUUUAGGAAGUAUUUCUCUUUUUACAAAUUUCACAGUAAAUGUUAAAUUUCCAUUACACUAGCCAUCAUUAUCUGAGGAAAAAGGAUAUAU